CCGCCGCAGUCCCCCAAGGAGCCCGAGCAGCUCCGCAAACUCUUCAUCGGCGGCCUCAGCUUCGAGACGACGGACGAGAGUCUGCGCAGCCACUUCGAGCAAUGGGGGACCCUCACGGACUGCGUGGUGAUGCGGGACCCGAACACGAAGCGCUCGCGCGGCUUCGGCUUCGUCACCUACUCGUCCGUGGAGGAGGUGGACGGCGCCAUGAACGCGCGGCCACACAAGGUGGACGGGCGCGUCGUGGAGCCCAAGCGCGCCGUGUCCCGUGAGGACUCGCAGCGCCCCGGCGCCCACCUCACCGUGAAGAAGAUCUUCGUGGGCGGCAUCAAGGAGGACACAGAGGAGCAUCAUCUGCGCGACUACUUCGGCCAGUACGGCAAGAUCGAGGUGGUGGAGAUCAUGACGGACCGCGGCAGCGGCAAGAAACGCGGCUUCGCCUUCGUCACCUUCGACGACCACGACUCCGUGGACAAGAUCGUCAUCCAGAAGUACCACACGGUGAACGGGCACAACUGCGAGGUGCGCAAGGCGCUGUCCAAGCAGGAGAUGGCGAGCGCCUCGGUGAGCCAGCGAGGGCGCAGCGGCUCGGGGAACUUUGGUGGCGGUGGCGGCGGCGGCCGCGGUGGCUUCGGCGCCAAUGACAACUUCAACCGCGGCGGCAACUUCGGCGCGCGGGGCUACGGCGGCAGCGGCCCCGGCAGCAACUUUGGCGGCGGCGGUAACUACAACGAUUUCGGCAGUUACAACAACCAGUCGUCCAAUUUCGGCCCCAUGAAGGGCGGCAACUUCGGUGGCCGGAGCUCGGGACCCUAUGGGGGCGGCGGCUACGGCAGCUCCAGCGGCGGCGGCAGCUACGGCGGCGGCAGGAGGUUUUAACGCCCAGUGCCCGACCUUUAGCAGGAGAGAGACCCAAAAAUCCCGGGAGGAGCCGCAGGUGCCGCCGCUGGCGCCGGCUGCGCCGGGGGGGGCGCUCCCCGAACCGCGUUUUCGACGAAAAACCACCGAAACGCCCCAAACAGCCCCCCCGCCCCCCCCCCGCGGCGGCCUCCGCGCGCAGGACUCGCUCUCGUGACUGUCCCCAGGUUUUCGGCGGGACGGGGGCCGCGGGCGCCGCUUCCCGUCGCGCUGUCGCUCGCUGCCUGUACCCGAUCUUGACGUUGAAUAAAUGUGUCUUUUUUUUUUUU